GGUUUACUAAUCCAAGAACACAGAAAGUAAGAGAGAGAGAGAGAGAGAGUUUUAUACAACAAUGGAGGAGGCGAGGAGGAGGGAGAUGAGAAAUAGUACUCGUGGGGAGAGCCUGAGCUUAUCGGAUAUGGUUUUAGGGUUCUUCGAAGAAACCGAAGGGGAGCGCUCUUGGGAUAACAAUGAUAACAGAGACAACGACGACAACGACAACAACAACAACAGCAACAACGGUGAAGGAUCCACCGCGAAUGCUGCGGAGAGAAAGGCUUUCUGGGAGUCCCAAGAUCAGCUCCUCCAAGAAGCAUUGGCACGAACCAGCACGGCGGAGAGUAGAAUACGGGCGGAUACGGAGGAAGCCGUGAGGAAUAUGCUAUCUGGCGGAUUCGCCUGCUCCUGUGCGAACCGCGGGGCCAGGGAUUGUCGGAAUUGUUCGCUGCGUCAUAUCGCCGAUCGGCUUCGGGCCGCCGGAUACAACAGUGCGCUGUGCAGGUCCAAGUGGCGGCGAUCGCCGGAUAUUCCCUCAGGGGAGCACAGCUAUGUCGACGUAGUGGUGGACACGAAGAAUGCGAAGAAAGGUCCGACUCGCAUCGUGAUCGAGCUCAACUUCCGAGCGGAGUUUGAGAUGGCUAGGGUUAGCAUCGAAUACAGCGGCAUGGUGAGCCGCCUACCGCAGAUUUUCGUGGGCAGGUUGGAGAGGCUGAAGAACAUCGUGAAGAUCAUGUGCGAGGCGGCGAAGCAGUGCAUGAAGGAGAACCGGAUGCACAUGGGCCCGUGGCGGAAGCACAAGUACAUGCAGUCUAAGUGGCUCACCGCGCCCGAAAGGAUAGUCUCGACGGACGCCCCGCUCAUCCCCGCGGCGGCAGAGGCUGCAGGAAGGCGAGUACCGAAGUCGAGGGCAUCGAUGUUGACGUUCGAUUUGCACUGCACGGCUGUUGAGGUGGUAUGAUGUGACAACUUCUGAUGUUACGACAGAAACGUCUAGUCCGUUCUACGUCCAACUUUUUCGAAUCAUGAUGCAAUAGAAGGUCACCAUAAUUUUAGCGGGACUGCAGGUCCCACAAAAAUUUCACUAUUUUGAUCCUGCCUCAUCCUAGUACUAUAGUAUAUGUAGUUUUCGGAUAGUGGAAAUGCAUCUUUCGAAGCGAGUGUAAUUUCCUUUGAAUUGCUAGUUCUAAGUUGAGUGUAAUGUAUCAAUAGUUCUUGAACUAUCUCGAUAUCACAUCUCCGUCUUUAAACUUUUCGUAUAAA